AUGUAUACCAAAAUCACCGCAAAACUUUUCUUCAUUUUGCUCCUCGUUAGCUUCGUAUUGUCUAUAGUGAUACCGCAAGGCGAAACGUGUAAAGAUGGAUAUGAAUCCGUGAUCGGGAAAACUUAUGUAUCCGAUAAUAAACCUGACCCUCAAGGUGUCCCGUUGUCACAGCUCGUUCAUCAACGUGAAUUGCCAUACCAUCGAGCAUUGUAUCCUAAUUCAAUAACCACUAUGGACUAUCGCUCGGACAGAUUGAAUGUUUAUAUAGAUUAUACAAAUAAAAUUACAAAGUUAACAUGUGGUUAA